GUUGAGCCCAAACGCAUCCGUUUCAUCCGUAGUCCUCGCUGUAUAUAUUUGUCUUUCUUCACUGACCGUAUGAACUCAUUUUGGAUCAUCAAGUUAGCAUCGUAUCGAAACGGUUGCUUUCUAGGGAAAUUAUGAGUGCUUCUUCGUCCAGAGAAGUGAACAAGGAUGAGCAAGUGGCCCAAUGCAAAGUCCGCAAGCCAAGGUGGCUUGAGGCUUUUCUGAAAAAAACUUUCUUUGACUCAUGUACGGCUCAUCCAUUUCGUAGGAAUGAGUUGAAUAAGUACUGUAUAAACUGCAAUCUGUCAGUUUGCCAAUAUUGUGUAUCAUCAGGCCCUCAUCGCAACCACAAGAUACUUAAAAUCUAUAGACAUGUUUACAAGGAUGUUGUCUCCCUUGCUGCUAUGGAAAAGUAUAUUGACACCUCGCAGAUCCAGCCCUACAAAUGCAACAAGCGACUGGUUAUUUCCCUGAAUCCUCUCCCACACUGUGGUUCAGCAAUAAAUACUGAGGCAUCAUGUGAUACCUGCAGUAGAAAGUUGACUGACCCUGAUGUAUACCGCUACUGCUCCAUUUCCUGCAAGGUCAAAGCUUUUUUGUGCAAGCCUAAUGAUUCAGUUCCUCCCUUCAUUUCCCUCCAGAGUCCUCCUCCUCAGGAAAAACAGGAGGACGCUGCUGAACCCCAAAAGGUGCUAAACAAAAGAAAGGGAACACCCCGCAGAGCUCCCUUCUUCUAA